CGUAAAUAUGCUUGUUUGACUUCUAGCGUGUGUAACGCUGUGGCACCUCCUCUCACCCCUCCCGUUGUCUAGUUGACAGGAAUCUCCUCAGGCAGGAUUGGAAAGCACUGACAGAGACAAUGGCCGUUCCUCCUACCUAUGUUGACCUUGGAAAGUCUGCCAAGGAUGUCUUUACCAAGGGAUACGGUUUUGGUCUCAUCAAGCUGGACUUGAAAACAAAGUCAGAUAAUGGACUGGAGUUCACCAGCACGGGCUCUGCCAACACCGAGACCAGCAAAGUGGCCGGCACCCUGGAGACCAAGUACAAGUGGGCCGAACACGGACUGACCUUCACUGAGAAGUGGAACACCGACAACACUCUGGGCACUGAGAUCACUCUGGAGGACCAGUUGACCAAAGGGCUUAAACUGACGUUUGAUUCCUCCUUCUCGCCAAACACUGGCAAGAAGAGUGGUAAGAUCAAGACUGGCUACAAGAGGGAGCACAUCAACCUGGGGUGUGAUGUGGACUACGACAUUAACGGGACGGCUGUGCACGGCAUGGCGGUGGUGGGCUACGAGGGCUGGCUGGCCGGCUACCAGAUGACCUUCGAGGCCGGGAAGAACAGGGUCACCCAGAGCAACUUCGCCGUGGGCUACAAGACCGACGAGUUCCAGCUCCACACAAAUGUAAAUGACGGCACCGAGUUCGGGGGCUCCAUCUACCAGAAGGUGAACGACCAGCUGGAGACAGCAGUCAACCUGGCCUGGACCGCUGGCAACAGCAACACCCACUUUGGCAUUGCAGCCAAGUACCAGAUUGAUGCCGACGCAUCUUUCUCGGCCAGAGUGAACAACUCUAGCCUUGUGGGCCUAGGAUACACUCAGACUCUGAAGCCUGGCAUUAAGCUGACCCUUUCUGCUCUCCUGGAUGGGAAAAACAUUAACACCGGUGGGCACAAGCUCGGCCUUGGCCUAGAGUUUGAGGCAUAAGAAGGCAAGGAACACAACAACAACCCCAAAACCUUUUACAACAACCAAAUCUUUUAUUGAAAUAGCUAUCCUCACAACCUUGUUUCCCUUACAGUAGAUGUGCUUUGGUUGAGGUGAGGCGGCACACAUGGUGAAAUCGCACUACAGUUGAUAUUCCACUUUUACAGGACCAUUUCAGAUAAAAUAUUUUGGAAUACAGGGCCCAGUUUAGAAUAAAACUAAGAUGUUUUAAUGGUCGGCAAAAUGUAAAAAUGAUAAAGGUCUGUUAAGGUCUCAUGUAAACACUAAUUUAUUUAUCUAUAUUUUCAAAGCGGAUAAGAGAAAAUAAGAUACUGUAGAUA